AUGCAAUGGACGCCCUUGGGUGCCACUGAGACUCCCGACGUGUCCAACCUCCCGCCACUAGACUAUGCCAUGUUCUUGUUCAACACGGCAAAAUUCUACCUAGGCGCUGUGUUUUAUGUCAUCGAUGAACCGUUGUUCUUGAAGAAUAUGCAAGAGCUGUACGAAGACCCGGUAGCGAAAGCCAGCGCUUCGAGAUUAUGGUACGCCCAGUACUUGCUCAUCCUAGCAUUUGGCAAGGCCUUUGUCAUCGGACAGGCACUGCGCAUUGGCAUAGUCGAGGGCAUUUACAGGCAUAUGCCCGAAGAAGUAGUGGGCGCCGAAUAUUCGAGGCGCUGCAACAUCGUGUUCUGGGUGGUGUACACCUUGGACAGAGAAUUCGCCGCCCUCAUGGGCGCACCGACAUCGAUCCGGGAUGAGGAUAUCACGGUCAAGCUGCCUUCGAAGGUUGACAAUUCCCUCGACGCACUGAAUAUGACUCUGCAUGUCCGACUCUCGCGCUUGAUGGCGCACAUUCUUACGACUGUGUACGGUGUCGGCAAGGAGUUUGAUGGCUCACUUGUCCCAAAUACCCAGUCUAUCCUUAGAGACCUUGCACGUCUAUCGCGAGACCUGACGGCAUUACUAGACACUCACUUCCAAGGGUCUGUUAGCAGGGCAUCGAGGAUGGCAUUGCGACUUAUCCUGUCUUACCACCACACCGUCCUCCGAACCCUCCGCGUCCUCGGUGACGAAGAUCUCCUCGAAGCCUUCCUACCUUUUCAGCUUGAGGACGCCUUCUCCUCGGCCUUCCUACUCUACCUCAUCCGUGCCAUCAGCCCAUCCCUACUGCAUGACGACUCGUGGUGCGAGAAUAUCAUGUGCGUUCUGGACAAGAUGAUCUCCAAAGGCAGCUUGGUCGCGCCGCUGCGGAAGCUAGAGCUCAGCCAACUCGAGCACACCAUGUCGGCCCUGACGCCAGUGGGGGAGGAGCCGCCGACGCCGCCGUUGAGUACGGCACAUCCGCAGCAUCACCAUGGCCACGAGCAUGGGUCAUUUUUGGAUCAGAUGGAGGAGGCGGGGUGGGACAUUUUUGAUACGAGCGGCAUGGGCGGUCUUUCGCCGCAGGCGUUAUUGGAUUUGGCGGAACGCUUGGACGUGGAGGAUCUGAUACAGUCCGUUGAUGCCGAUGAGGAUCACAGAAGGUAA